UCACGAAAAAGUUUGACAGCUCGAAAUCGCAGAAAAAAAUAAACAAACAUUAGGCGUUUUGGAUACAUAAGUAGAAUACAAACAUAACCAUUGAUUGUAAAUACAUAAACAAUCAAAAAGUAACUCCCUUAUGCGAAAUUAAAGUGCACAGUAUUGUGCAUCCAUAAGUUUACAUCGUUGCACAGCAACAAAGGAAGUAAAUAAUCCAACAUGGAGGAAAGAUGAUAUGUGGCCAAAUUCCUGACGCAAAACUGUUACAUUUAUUCUUUUUAUUGUUGAAACGAUAAGAUUUGAAAAUGUCUGAUUCAGAAGAAGAAACCCCUGACAAGCAGUUGAAGAUCGUUAUAAUGGGUGAUGGUGCAUCAGGAAAGACAUCACUGGCAAGUCGCUAUUCUCAGGAACAGUUUGGAAAGCAAUAUAAACAGACCAUAGGUCUGGAUUUCUUCCUGAAAAGGAUUGUUUUGCCAGGAAAUGUUAAUGUCGCUCUGCAAGUCUGGGAUAUAGGUGGACAGACUUUGGGAGGUGCAAUGUUAGAAAACUAUGUUUAUGGUUGCCAUGGAGCGCUCCUUGUGUAUGAUAUCACGAACCACAACAGUUUUGACAACUUGGAAGACUGGUAUGGGUCCAUUAAGAAGGUGAUAGGAAGCCAACGAAUGCCUCACAUAGCACUGGUGGGGAAUAAAAUUGACCUGGAGCAUAUGAGAACAGUGAAGAUGGAAAAACAUCAAAAGUUUGCACAGGAGAGAGGCAUGUCUAGUCACUUUGUAUCGGCCAAAACUGGAGAUUCAGUGUCUAUAUGUUUCCAAAAGAUAGCUGCAGAAAUUCUCGGCAUUAAGCUAACCAAACCUGACAUUGAACAACAUCAUAGAGUGGUUAAAGCUGAAAUAGUAAACUACAGUAAACAGGAGGAAUCAGCAGCGAGGCAUCUACCACAGACUCAAACAAAGAGUAGUUUCUGCUCGCUGCAAUAGGACUAUGUGAUCUAAGUAGUGUAGGAAUUCAAUUGGUUGUUAUAGGAGUUUGGUCAGGGUUUCCAUAUUAGUUCAAAAAGGUCAGUUUAGUGAUAAUAAGUGUGCUAGAGUGGAAGACUGUUGUAGAGAUUGGCAUCAGUUUCUUCUAUUAGUGACUUCAUGAUGGUGGGUUCAUAGCCCAGUGUGGUCGGUGUGGUAAAAAUGUGCUAGAAUUGACCAGGUUUAUAAUGCUUGACACUGGUUGUUAUCAUCCACAAUGACCUCAUUGUAUUAGUUUUUGUGACAUUCUAAAAGACUAUUAACCCUUACCAUGCGGGGUCCGAUUAUAUUCGGACCGAGUUGUGUGUAACCCGAUCCAUGCUAAGUCCGGAUAUUUUCGGACCGGGAUAUUUACCAUGGGAUGUUCAACAAAUCCACUUCAAAUUCUAAUCUUGCAGCAAAUUACCACAUCAGUACAUAAAAAUCACAUAGCAAAAUAAUAAAUCUAGCAUGUGACUUAAUUUUAUGUACCAAUAAUAGUAAACUGACAGAGAAAUCCAUAAUUAUGUAUCGGAUAUUUUUAUUUUCUCCCAACUCCGCCAUUUUGAGUAUGCGUUCACAGGGCAUCUAUACUUUAUGCUUGUUUAUUUUUCAUUUUAAAGACUAUUCCUUGAUUACAACAACAAAUCUCACUUAAAGUGAAAUGUCAAGUUUAUUACAAAUUGUAAUGGACGUAUUCAAAAUAGUUUUCCGUAUUGUUUUAUCUAAAUGUUAUGCAGUUACAAAUCCCGGCAUCAGUAAAUGUCAAUGACACUUGUAUGUGUUCAACUCUUUCAUUGUUUUUACACUAUAUUAACUCAAACAUGAAUAAACAUGUAAUUUAGAAUAAACACAAGCUUUACAUUGACUCAAUGACAAGUAUUUCCAAACCAUUCUGUGAUUUAAAAUCCAUAAACACCACCGUCCGAAAUUGAGAUUAAAUUGUGAAACUAGGUCACCGGUGUCAACUUAGAAAAUUUACUUUCGAUUUCACCACUCACACUUAGAGCACUGUUAUUUGAUAUUUAACCAUAGAAUGUUAUAAAAUGUUUUUCUUACACAUAAUUUACAGAUAUUUGUGUCUACAUAUUCGAUGGCAGCCGCUGACACUUUUAUUUUUUAUCUAUAAACAACAAUAUUUGCAUGACCUAAAUUGGCGGGGAUAAAACAACAAUCACGUGACAGUUAUUGUUUACCAGUGUCGGCUGUUACAUUUGUCAAUGCUUAUUGCUAUUGUUAUUUUAACAACUCCUGCAUAUUUUAAUUAAUUAUUUUAUACAAAGAAUGAUAUGACUGCUAUCGUUUAGCCCUAGUCGAAAAAGAACAAUAGUUCAUUCAAAAAUGUCACAAGUUUUUACUUUAAUCGGAUGCUGUUUUACAUAUCCGCAAGUCAUAUGGGGGCCAAUUAUCCGCAUGUAAUCUUUUGGUUACUUUACACAUGAUAGUUAUAAUUAAAUUGGUGAACAGUGCCUAUUUGAUGAAUGUUGACCAAUUAAUAAACAUUUCGACUCAUUUUAAACUUUAAACGAAUUAACUGGUUUAAUACAUUUGGCUGCUGUCAUCUGGAGAAUGUUACAGUAGAGUAGAUUUUAAUUUUAACAAACCAAUUAAGGUACACCUUAAUUACAGGCUCCAAGCUUACACAUAAGGAUGUGGGACAACUUCACCUCAAACAAAACACCAUAUUAACACUGCUUAUUUUUGUAAUGUGCCCCCACCCCCCUCCCAAUCACCAGGUGGCAAAAUACCUGUAAGGUUUUACAAGGGGAAAAAAGGACCAAAGCAUGAAAUAAACACCCCUUAACCAAAACACCUCUAUUGUCACUUAUAAAUGUAUUCCUUAUGAGUAUGAUGUACAAUAGUGUUAUUUAUACAGAAAAUGAAACAUUACUUUUAUCAAUAAAAAAAUCAAAUGUAAAAAAUGUAAUUGGCAAUUACCAUUCUUAUGAAUUUAUUUAUUAUAUAUGUCAUAUGAUAACAGCUAAUUAAGGAAUUUUAACACAGAAAAAAACUACCUUACAUAAUAUGGAUUUACAUGUUUAUUUAAAAAAAUAAAUAAAAAAAGGAAAUAAUCACACUCUUUGUCACUAAAAUCAAUGUUUGUUAUUAAAUAAAAAAGGCAAAACAUGUUGCAUCUCAUGAGAGCUUUUCAUCAACAUUUACAAUAUGAACCAAAAUUAUGUUUUUGCAUACAUGCACAAGAAUUCUGAGAUUAAUGACAAGUUAAAUCAUUGCAUAAAUGGCAAGUAACUUUAAGCAGAGAUGUGAUUUAACAUUCUGCCAUAAUUGUAAGAAAGGUGGAUACAUUUUAUUUCUUCAAAGUUGCAGUUAUUUUUACCAAACUUUACAUUUCAUAAAUAUGUACAAACAGUAUGGUGUUGAAACAUGAGAAUACAGACAUGUUAAUGUGUGCUUUAUUUUGUUGGCCCUUCGGUAACAUUAAACCACCUGAUAACUAAAUAGUUAAAGUAUAAAAAUUAUGAUAGUUUGCUUACAACAUGUAUAUCUCUCUAUGUAUAUCUCUCUCUGUUUUAAUGUUAUCAUAAGAUGAAAUAAUAUCAAAUGUAUUAGAAUAUACAGUCCUACAAUGAAAUUAUUUAUGCACAGCCAUCCAAGAACUAUAACUAUUUGAUUUGUUAAGGCAGAGCAAGUAUUUUUUAAGCUGUAAAUAAAGUAACACUUGCAUGUUUAAUAAUAAGAAAGCUAUAUGAUAUGUUAUGUAUAGAACUAUACCAAUGGGCUCGAUAGGAAUUUCCUAUUCGCCUCUCUCAUAGAGAACCUGCGUUCAAUUCCCAGCCUAGGCGAGUGUGAGUUUGGUUAGUGGUCACCAAGUUGGACGAGUGGGCUUCUUUUCCGGGGUUUCCAGUUUCCCCUAGUACACAAGACCCACUCUCUGGUAUCAUUGUGCCAAUGAGAGUUGCAAAUACUUGUUUCACAAUUGUGAAAAUAAAUAAGUUUUAACUAACACUCCCUUUAUGAAUUCAAUAAGUUACAAAAUUAACUACUUACAAUGGUACCAGGGUGGAUGGCAUAAAAUGGGUUCUUUCCCCCCCCCACCCCACCCCAAAAAAUGUAAGCAAUUUGUAGUCUGAGAUGUUGCAUUUUGAAUGUAUAAAAUUACUUUUUAUCUUAUUUCUCUGAUAUAGAAGAAGUAAAUUUGAACAAUGUGAGGGGCGUUGCCUGGUGCACAUCCCCCACUAGUGCAGUCAGUGGGUACAAUGGGCAACUUGUUUUUAAGUAUUGGUUCUAUCCUGUCACUAUUUUAAAGCUCAUUUAAUUAUAUACCAUAUGCACUUUUGAUACUGUCCUUAUAACCAAGUCUUGAGUACUGCUACUAAAGAAGACUAGUUCAGUCGCUGGUUGGAAAUAACAAAUAUAAACAUUUGUUUCCUUUAAGAAACAUGAUUGUACUUAUAAUAUUUAAUUAAUACUGGUCAAAAGCAUGUUUUUGAUUCAUUGUCUCAUGUUGUGUUUAUGCAGUCUCAAAUGACUACAACUUAAGAAUCGUAUCUUAUUGGUAUACUGUUCUUUUAAAAAAAAAACAUAGUUGAUGUUUCCAUAGCAACCUUUUAAAAUUGAAAUGAAAUGACUGAAAGAUACAUAAUUGUGGAAUGUUUAUUUAUCAAUCAUGCUCCCAUUCAGUAAUAUUGUAAUAUCAAUUUCAUACUGGACUAUUGUUUUGUGAUCCUUUAAACAGGGUAUCAGGUCUGUGCCAUUAGUAUAUUGUUAACUGUUCUUCUUUCCAUAGCUAAGCAUCACUAAAAUACUAAUGUGAAUUUUUAUUUGCUGAAAAUUAUUUAUUAUGACAUUAAAUUAGAUAAAGCAGAUACUUAUUCAUAAAAUAAUGGUAAUGUAGUCAAUAAAAAACCUGAACAUUGGUCAAAUUCUUUAACUUUGGUAUGAAUAUCAAAUAAAGAAGAUUGGUUGCCAUGGGAACAUGCAGAAUAACUUUCUCACAAAGGUUUUUGUUGCUUCAUAGUAUUGUAUUCUUGAUCUGAACACUAAAGCUAGAAAAAACAAAUGAAUGACCAUUGACAUAUUUGCUUGUUUCUCUCCAAUAAACAGCUGUUUUUCAAUUAUAUUGUAGCACACGCCAUAUAACAAAUGUUGUCCAAAAUAAACAAUAACAUAAGUUUUCAUUUAAUUGCGUUCAAUAUCAAUGUGAAUCUUCAUUUUACCCAAAAAUUCUUCAAUUGAUGGAUUUUAUUGAUGAACACAAAUGUGUUUUUAUGAAAAACAAUAGCCUAUGCAAAAUAAAAGUAUAAUUUUUAGACAAGAAAUUGUCUCCAUGGUUACCGUGGAAUCAAUUUCAAUUACUGAUAGCUUAAUUAAAACUUUAACAUUUCAAUAUCACUGUCUGAAAGUUUGAAUGUUGUAGAACAAGUAUUAUUUAAAUUGUAUUCUUUUAAAGUCAAUGGGUGAUAUAUUUAACAUUCACUCAAAACAACUCAGCAGUGAGCACUGAACUACACUUACAACAUUGCAGCAUGGUAAGGGUUAAUAGUCUAUAGAUGUCAGUUUAAAAACAGCAAGCAAUUGAAAUAUACAGGCCUUUGUUCAGUGAGAAAGUUUUUUUAUUGACAACCAAAAAUUUUCAGUGUGUCUGUUUAAAUGUUUAAAAGUUGCAGGUCAUCGAAAGACAUCGUGUCUCAAAUUAGUAGAGUAUUUUUUUUUUAUUGAAAUGCUUGAAAUGUGUCUGUAAAAUGGCCAAUAUUUUAUGGGGUCUUGUUUUUCUGUGUAUACAUGUACAUGCUUUUCAAGGACUAGAUUGCUGUAAUUCUGCAUGAUCAUUUUUCGCAAUUUUUUGUUACGGCUAAUUUCUCUUCUUUUUGAUUAAUUUUGUCUUUGCUAUAUUGGCAAAACUGACAACUCAACUUAAUAUAAUAACUAUAAAACCGAUAACUGCUUUUUGCGUUUCAAGUGUUCUGCAUUUAACACAUGUCAAUACAUGCACCCAAUCAGGUCAGCAAUCUCACACACUUUCUGAGACGGUUUAAAAAUGUGAGUGAAUUAUUUGAUACUGUAUUAAUUUUAAUUUUGGACAAUACAGAGUCAUUUGUAAGUCAUCCGAGCAGAAAUGUCGUUCGUGAAAACGGUUAUGUUCAGAACAGAAAAUGUUGUACUUACAUAACAUAAAACAGUUAAAUAGGGUGAUUUUACCCAGUUUGUAAUGCCAAAAUUCAAUCAUUGGAAAACAGCAGUGAAAUCAAAUAUUUUGCUAUGUUUUAAAUACGCGAUCUGAUCAGUUCAUGAUACAUUUUAAAUGGUGAAAAUUAAACUCAUGCAAAAUUAAAGCAAUUUACAGUAGAUAAAGAGUGUUAGGUUUUUUUAGGUUGUGAUAGUUUUUGCAAAUGGAUAGGACAUUGAUUCUUUUAAAUGUUAAUGCAUUUUUAUAGUUGUUUGUCUAAUAUUUUGCAAUGUUGAUUUGAUAAAACAUUAUUUAGAGAAUGUGUUGACUGAUACAUUUUGUUAUGAGCUGUUGAUUAUAAUGAAUUCAUCAAUUUCAACCAGCCAAAUUAGCUUUGGUUUUAGCAUUUUUGGGGAUUUUUAAGUACAUUCUGUCAGAAAAUAGAAACAAAAAUUCCCCAAAAUGAAAAAAAACACACACACCUUGGAUAUCACUUACCAAAAUUUAUCAACAAAAUUACUUGGCUUUUUAAAAGUUAACCUUAAAAGGUUAACAACAAUGCUGUUGACAUCUAAACAAAGUUCUGAAAAAUCGCCCAAAUGUGUAAAUAAAAAGCAGUAGUUUUUGAAAAUCCAAGCAAUUACCAAUCUGACAGGCUGUACCUUAAAGCUGCACUCUCACAGAUAUACCCUUUUUACAACUUCUGUAAUAUCUGCAAAACGAUGAUAUAAGAUCGCUGACAAAAAAUCAGAUCGUAGAUUUUCAUAUAUCAGUUCCAAUAUUAAUGUUUUAUGACUUUAAUCGCUACUAACGGUUUAAGAAAAAUGCAUGAAACAUCAAUUUUUGAACUUAAAUAUAAAAAUCUGCAAACUAAUUUUUUGUCAACGGUCUUAUAUAACUGGUUUCCAUGGAUUUUCGCAAAAUUGGCUCGUUCCAAGACAAAAAUAAAAAAGUUGUCAAAACGUUCAAUCUGUGAGAGUGCAGCUUUAAAGCUCGCCUACUCUGAUAUUGUAAUAGUCUAAGAUGUGUGUUAAAAAGGUUGUUUUCAUGUAUUUCACUUUCUCGCACACCAGAGUGAUGUUGAUAUGCGUACAACAGAUUCAUCAAACUUUGAUAAAUGAGAAUGGUAUUUUACUGUGCAUUUUGUACAAAGUUUUAAAAUAAGAAAUGGACGAGUGCAAGUAAAAUUGGCAUUCCAUGUUAUAUUUUGUUUAUGACUUGAAAAACUCCUGUAACUCUAGUUAUGUAUAUUUUGUCACUAUUAAUAAUACUAACAUGUACAACACAAUGUAAACUCAUUUAAAAUAUAUAUUCAUAUCAUUACUAAUUAUUUAUAUUUAUUAAAGAAUUGGAGUGUUCUUUUUAAUUUUCUUAGUUUUUGGCUUUUAUAUAACUGUGCCUUAUUUAUUUUUGAUUUUGAUUCCAAUAUUCCAGUUGAUUUUCUAUGUGUUCAUAUUAUGUUGAAAAUUUUAUGUUAUGUACACUUUGGUCUGAUUCUUAGUUAAUUUAAUUAAUCAAAUGUAUAUAAGAAUCAAAACGAGCAAAAAAGGUUUUAUCGAAAAAAAAAAAAAUAGGUUGUCUGUUUUUAGAAUAAUACUGGAACUAACAGAUAAUUAUUGUUUUAAGGUUAACAGUAGUAGAUAUAAUAUGAGUAUAUAUUUUUGGCAAUCGUUUUAUUUAAAAAAAAAAAAAUCUUAGUGUGGCCUGGCAUAAUCUCCUGGCCCCAAUUUCUCGAAACUUCUUAAGUCCCUUAUAACAGGAUUAAGUUAAGCUCACUAUUUUCGUUUUUCUAUAAUAUGCAUUAUAUAUAUUUCUUUAGGAAGUUGGAGAUGUUAAAUAAGAAAUACUUGUAUGAUAAUCACAUUUAACCAUUUUUCAUUUAUCAAAAUCUAUUUUCAGUAUGUAUUUUGGCUAAUUGAAAUAAGCGACUUAAGCCUGUUAAGAUUAAGAUGUUUCAAGAAAUUGAGGCCUGGAGGAUUAUCCAUAAUACUAGGAGCAAUUUUGUACCUAGGAAUUAUAUUUAGCAGGAUUACUGCCAUGUUAAAGUCUCUCAUAGUUAUAAAAUUCUUGUAUUAUUCUUGAUAAAAUAGUAUCCUGUAAUAAUUUUUGUGUGGUGUUGAUUGACUAUAUAUACAAGCAGCUGGAUCUGCAUUUAGGACAGUUUUUAAUUGUUAGAAAUUGGUACAUAUUUCAGCAUUUUGACUAGAAAUAAAAUGGCAACAAUCACAAAGUGAUUUUUCUUUUAAAAAAAUGAAACUAGAUACAUUUCUUAAAGUUGAAUAUUUGAUCAAAAUAGUGAAGUUGGACUACACACAGAUUUAAAUUUACUCAAAUGUUAUAGAAAUUUGUUUGAAAGAAACGGUUGGCGAUUGAGCGGUGUACAGUCUGGAAUUGUGGGCUCUUUAACUUAACCCUUUUUAAGAUGAUCCUUACCUAGUAACAAUGCUUCUUGGUAUAAUAUAUUGGACACGUUUGAUAUCUAACCUGAUCUCUAUGGUAACAUUCGAGAUAUGGUCAUUUAAUUGUCAAACUUUGACUAAAUUAAAUUAUCUCUUGCUAAAGUCAUUAAAAACUAUUUGAUAAAUUUUCUUUCCAUUCUUUCUCAGACCUCAGAAGAGCUUGAUAACCAGUCUGAAUGCUUUAGUAAAUGCUGAGUUAUGGCCAAUUAAAUGUCAAUAUCAAACUGCCCCUUGUUUUUGAACUUUAAUUGCCAAUAUUGACCCAUUAUAGCUUAAAUGCUCUCUAACUUGAUUUUUUUUAUUAGGUAAUUACCAAACUUGUAAUAUCUAUUAGUAUAGUAUCUUAGACAAAUUUGAUAACCAACCUUAUUGCUUCAGUAUCUUUUGAGAAAUGGCCCUUUAAUUUUCACAAUAUGACCAAAUUGACAUUUUCAGCUACAAAUGUCUACAAUUUCACUAAUUUCUGUCCAAUCCUUAACAUAGUAUCUAUUAUAAGUUUAAUAUACAUUGUGUAGUUUGUUUGAAUAGUCUGUAAUUGAUUCCUUUGCUCUCAUGACUACUUAAAGGUGCAUAUAUUAUUCUCCCUGGUUUAAUUUGAGCCAUUUUAUUGAUGUUAAUUUAUUUUAAUAUUAUAAUAAACGAAUAUUUUAAUAAGUAAAACUAUUCUAAUCUUAUUAGUUUUUUUUUAGAUUUUUCAAACUGCCUUUUAUUUAGACAUGAAUGUAAUAUUUGAUGUUGAAUAGGUUAACUUGUCCUGGUUUGCCUUCAGAACGAUCUUUAUGUUGAAUUUUAGGCUUCUGGGCAUGUCCCUGUAGCUUUCAUUGUAUUAUUUGCAAAUUACAAUAGGGUAUUAGUUUGUUAGUUCACAUCAGUAAUUUUGUUAUUGUCUUGUAGGUAUUUUUGAAAUGAGAUGUUUUGUCAAUUUGUGAAUAAAUGUUAAGGCUUUAUUUAAUACAUGUGAUUUUUUUUGUAACUAUUCAAUAUACUCUAAUUAUAUAACUUAAAGAACCAAUAUAAAAGUGUUUAUCUGAUUUUAGCCUGUCUCUUAUUUCGAAGUAUUGUCAUAGCCUUUGUUGCAUUGUUAUCUGCCGCAACCUCCAGUGUCAUUGUGCAAACAAUUUAACCAUGGCCACAACUCAAAAACUGUACAAUAUGUUGAAAUGAAUCUGGAUACAAUAUACACAUGUUCAGCAAGGCCCAUAACUCUGGCCUAUAUUAUCGAGUUAUGCCCCUUGCUUGACUGAAAGAAACAUACAAGCGUUUACAUUGGCUCUGUGGUGCUCUUGAUUGUUAUUAAUAUUAACCAGUUAUACCAGAAGUGAUUUUGAUUGACCCUUUUACCUGAAUUUAUGUAAUAUAUUCCUUAAGAUAUUCACAUGGUUGUUACCUUGUUGCUUUUGUGUAUCUGAUUGUUUUCCUGUCCUUUAUCAUGAUUAAAAUCUGUCACA